AUGUCCGCGCCUGGGUUAUCAGCCAACACAUACCCUCUUUUGAACCACCCUAGUUCUCAGUCACGCUGUUUCCCUCGCGCUCCAGGACCACGCCAAGUCCCAUGCAGCAGAACGUAUUCGAUCACAGCCUCUCCUCCAAUGGCCACCGAGCACCAGCCUCUCGCCAAAGGAACACAAGUCACGUCCUCUUCGGGGAGAACAUACAUUAUUAAAGAGGUCAUCUACCAGCGGUCGAGGGGAAGGCUGUUAUGCUGCUUGUAUCGCGCGAGCCACGAGAGAAAGCAGUAUGUGCUUAAGGACAUCCUGCCGGGUGACUGGCAGUACAAUCUAGAUCUGCAGAAUCUCAUCGCCGGCUCGGCCCACGUCCGAACGCUUGUUGACAGCAUUCCUAACCAUCAUAUGUUCGUAUACCCUUUCCUCGACACGAACUUACAGUUGGUCGAUAUCACAGCAAUCGCACCCUCUGUCAGAAAAAGCAUUUUGAAAGAUGCUCUUGCCGAUUUGGCUGACCUCCACGACAAGAGCAUUUAUCAUACAGAUAUAAAACCCGCCAACAUCAUGAUGGAUUCGUUUGUGCAGGGUGAUGGAACCAUUGGGUUUAGAAAUGUGCGGAUCACGGACCUAGAGGACGGCGUGGUGCUGCCUCCCGGCUCUCCUGGUCUUGGAAAGCGCCUCUCCGGAAACCAGUUUUGGAGGAGCCCUCAAGCGUGGGCAAGAGCAGCGCAGCAUACUCCAUCCGACAUCGUCUCUUUCGGCAUCGUCGACGUUGACGACUUUGACGGUUUCGUUGAGUACCAUGGUGGAGAGGAGAAUCCCUUUGUCCAGCGCUUCGGAAAUCUACUCCUUACCUUCGAUAGCGCGGACAAGAAGAGAAAGCCAUUCAGUCACUGGUAUCCGGUGGACCCGCAGUUCAAGGAUCUGGUUAGCAAGAUGACCCGCCUCGAUCCUCGGAGGCGGAUCACUGCCCGGGAGGCGCUAAAGCACCCUUGGUUCAAUGAAUAG